AGUACUCGUACUGUACCGCGCUCCGGAGCUGCAUGAAGCGAGUCUUACGGGUACUUGUAGUAGUAUAUGAUGCCGCUGUCCUGCACCUAGAUGGAGACUUGGUGUCAACCAUUUACUUCGUCUGCUGCACCGUUGGUCCAUCAUCGACGGCGAGAGAAGAGAAGAGAAGAGAAGGGAGGGUAGCUUUUCAACGGAGCCACGUCCGAACCAACUGCAUUCGCUUCCUCAGCUGGGGUUGGACUCUAAGGAUCCCCGUACUCCCCAAGCAGGCCAGCGCAUACAUGCAAUCACAGUCGAUACUUGUGCUCUGUCAUAUCUCGAGGUGCUUCUGCAAAUGCUAGAGGGCAUUGGAAAUCCCAUUGCUGCGCCACCACGUGUCUUGGUGAUGCGAAGCCAUUGUGGUUGUCUGUGACAAUAGGAGUGAAUAAAGCACAAGUUUAUGUGUGAAGCCUCGUCGCCGCUGGGCAUCAAUAGAUGGCCGAGCUGGUUCGUCGUUUCUUCAGGUAGGCAUUGGUAUUCCAAAUGGAGAUAUCGAGAUGGUGGCUUGAGGGCGUCGUCCCCUUCGGCGCGGGCCGAGCGAAAGCUAGUAUUUAGUAUAUUAUUCUUUUUAUACUCCAAAACAAUGCGUUGUUCCAUUGUCAAUCACUUCCGUCCAUCGUUUACGUAUCCAAUGCUUUCACUGAGUUCCUACUCAUACUUGCAUUGCUCAUGCCUGUCGCGGUGGUGCUCAGAAUGGGUACUGCACACUUACCGGUGCAGCUCAAAAGAUAAUGCAGAACAUCCGGAGAUGUCCAGUUGCUCAGGUCCGCCUUGUACACAUGAAGUACAGGUACGAGCCCGCAGCUCUAGUGGAGCGAAAGAAAUAUGCAAAUCAGUCGCUUGCAAAGGCAGGGCAAUGCAAAUGGGUGGCGUGGGUCUCUCGAAAAGCUCAAUUGGGCACUUGGUGCGAGUGGGAUGAGGAUGGCGAAUAUCUAAACGACAACCAAGUCGAUCUCGAUUUCCAUGGACCUGACCAAGCACCAGAUAAGGCUCAUUGCCUCACACCCAUUGAUUCCCAAGCGGGCAUGUAUGCAGGCAAUUGGAACGCAAGAGUUGCGCCUUGAUACCGAACGAAUACAGCUGCAUGGAUAACUAACAGCAACCUCCAACCGCCGAUGCAUACUGCACUCCUACUAAGAACGUUGGCUGACAGACCGACUAUCUGUCCGCAUACGACCUGC